UGCCUUUUCUAACUUAGGCAUUUUCUGCAUUACUUUGAGUUUUUUAUGCUAAUUCACUCUUUCUUGUUCUCGCAGAUAGACCAGCUCGACCCGCACUUGACGCAACUCGCAGAGAAACAGCUGAAAUCCUCAGGAGCCUUCCGGUACAAGAUCGCGACUGGCGAUUACUGUGUACGACUGCCAAGCUGCGAGAACACCAGCUGAUUCCAGAGAACGGAAGUCUUCAAAGAGAGCCAGUAUACAAAGAACCGUCUGAGAGACAACAAGAGCGGAUAGACAAACGCCUCUCCAAGCAAACUUCUCGACCAGCCUCAGAGAUGACUUUUUUGAAGUCCGCGCCCGUCCUUAAAAUCAAGCCGAAGAGUGGAACAGCGACGACAUCGCCCGUUAUUGCCCAGAAGAGGAAGAGCGAUGUUGUAGCUACUCUUGCCGCAGAUUCUUCCAAGAAGCUGGCUAAGACCACGCAGGACAAGGGGAAGAAGGUCAUGAUCGAGCCAACUGUCCGAGCCCGCGAUUUUCUGGCUAUGCAGGAGAAGUUCGUGGGCGAGGAGUUCAUAUCCAAGGCGGAGAAGAUCCCUUCUGAGGAGCUUGUUCCGCGUUCUGUGGAGUUGGCGUCGCAGUCGAUGACUCUGUUUAUGAAAGUUGUUGCCGCUGGUUCUAAGGAGGCUGACUCGCUGAAGAGGCACAAUGCUCAGCUCCAGGAGAACAUGAAGAGACUGAAACAAGAGGCGGCUAGAAAGGACAAAUAGCUCGAGGACCUUUGCAAGUCUAAGGAGGAGGCUGAGCUCGAGGCUAAAAACUCUCAGGCGAAGAUCGAGGAGAUGGCUCGCGACUUGGAGGUCGAGAAGGAGAAUGGGAAGAAACAGUAUGAUCAGGCAGUUUUUGAUUAUAUU